UAUGAAUGAUGGCGUAUUUAACCCCAAACUUAACGCACUCCUCGAGCACCACUUGAAUUUUUAUUAUUUAUUUGCUUGAUCUACGCUUCUACCUUAAUUGGGCACUUGAAGUGCAACUGGAAAAUAGUGGUCCGAAAACAAUUAGCUUAAACUGCAGAGACUGUUUUCUAAAUUGCAUUCUUAACUUUAAUUUACAACUCAAAUCACGCAGCUGAUAAAAUAGACAUUUUCAUUGCAUUUCAAUGGUUAUCUCCUAGUCCAUAAAAAAUGAUUUCGCACGCGCUCCAAUUUGCUUAUAAACGCCAUCCAGAGGCUUACUGCUAAUAGUAAAGUGGAGCAAUGCUACGGUUUACAAUAUUUUGUGCGCUCGUUGGUACAGCGUUCAGCGCUUACAUGUCCACCGAUCUGGAUGGACGUAUAGUUGGCGGUGUCGCUACAACUAUUGAGGAACAUCCAUAUCAAGUCUCACUCUCUACCAAAUUGGGUGGCCAUUUUUGUGGCGGUAGUUUGGUGCGCGGUGAUAUUGUGGUCACUGCCGCACAUUGCCUGCAAAGUUUCAAGGCGACAUCUAUACGUGUACGCGCCGGUACAACGAAUAAUAAAAAAGAUGGCGAGUUGGUAAAGGUGUUGGCUGCGAGAUAUCAUCCAAAAUACAAUGCGAGUAGCAUAGAAAAUGACGUGGGCAUUUUGAAAUUAGCAACUUCGAUACCGCAAUCGAGUAGUGUACGCUAUAUAGAAUUGGCAGAGACGAUACCAGCGACAGGCACACCUGCUGUGGUAACAGGUUGGGGUACUAAAUGUUUUGCCUACUGUCUGAUACCACCUACCACAUUGCAAGCCGUGGAGUUGCAGAUUGUACAAAGUGAAGAUUGUGCUUCCAGCGAUUAUAAGUAUGGUGCGCAGAUCAAGGAGAGUAUGGUGUGUGCUUAUGCUUUGAAGAAGGACUCAUGCCAGGGUGAUUCGGGCGGUCCAUUGGUGGCGGAGGGUAAGCUCGUUGGUAUCGUUUCUUGGGGUUAUGCCUGUGCCAAGAAGGGUUAUCCUGGCGUAUACAGUAAUGUGCCCUACCUACGCGACUGGAUAUUGCAGGCAAUUGAGGCGAUUUAAGCAUGUGUGCAGAACUUAGUACAAGUUUAAUUAUUAAAAACAAAUAUUAUCGAAAGACAAAUAUGGUUUCCAUUCUAAAUUGA